CUACACUGAUUUCCAGCCUUGUUCUUUUAUCUAGGACUUCUAAUUUGCUCUCCUUUGGGAAUUCUAUUUCUCUUACCUUAUAAACAAAUGCUACGGGUUGUUAAGAUACCAGCCUUUCAUGGAAUCUUGAAUCAACAACAGGUGCACCAUGAGUCUCUGAGACUGCAGAGAGAGCAAUACCCACGUCCUCCUGAGACUGCGCGGAAGGUACUUCCAGGUGCACAUUGUAUCUGAUGCUAUGUAUUAUUUAUUGAAACUGAGCUCUGCACUUUCUUUAUCCUCUGGGAAACACUGGAGACUGGUGCCUCCUAAAAUGGAUGCCACCAACAGCUAAACUGCAAAGUCUUCUAAAUGUUCUUUGCUUUCAUUGUUUUGUUUAAUAAGAAUUUGCAAGCUAGAGCUACCAAGUUUUUUAGUAAAGCUUGAAGAAUAAUUGGGAAUUACAGUUGAACACCCGAAGGAAGAACACCUCUGUGAUUUUGGUCGUUUCCACAUGGAUUCAAGUUUUAUUUUAUUUUUUUAAGGGAAUACCCAGCUGGAUUUUGUGGAUAUGUAAAAGAUUUAUAUGUUGCAACCUCUGCCUCUAUAGACUGCAUGAUUACUGUAUCGAUCUGACUGUUAUGUGUGUGUUCAGAUGCUUAAUACCAGGAAGGAAGAUGGGUUAUCUGAAGAUUAUCUUCAUUGUUACUUAUGAUAUCUGUGUCUGGCAAACCAGAGAACUUUUUGCAUUUGGGUAACAAAGAGGUUUGGAAUAUACUCCAUUGGAUGUUUCCAUGUUGGUGAAACUGUUGUUGACCAUCUUGGUUCUGCAUGUUGCCAUGCUAAAAGUACCUAAGGGUAAAAAUGUCUCCUGGGGUUCGGCAGACUCCUACACCAGCCGUCCAUCCGAUUCAGAUGUGUCUCUGGAGGAGGACCGGGAGGCAGUGCGCAGAGAAGCUGAACGACAGGCCCAGGCACAGUUGGAAAAAGCAAAGACAAAACCCGUUGCAUUUGCAGUUCGGACAAAUGUCAGCUAUAGUGCAGCCCAUGAAGAUGAUGUUCCAGUGCCAGGCAUGGCCAUUUCGUUUGAAGCAAAAGAUUUUCUGCAUGUUAAGGAAAAAUUUAAUAAUGACUGGUGGAUAGGGCGACUGGUUAAAGAAGGCUGUGAAAUCGGAUUCAUUCCAAGCCCAGUUAAACUAGAAAACAUGAGGCUACAGCAUGAGCAGAGAGCCAAGCAAGGGAAAUUCUACUCCAGUAAAUCAGGAGGAAAUUCUUCAUCCAGUUUGGGUGACAUUGUUCCUAGUUCCAGAAAAUCUACACCUCCAUCAUCUGCUAUAGACAUAGAUGCUACUGGCUUAGAUGCAGAAGAAAAUGAUAUUCCAGCAAACCACCGCUCCCCUAAGCCCAGUGCAAACAGUGUAACGUCACCCCACUCCAAAGAGAAAAGAAUGCCCUUCUUUAAGAAGACAGAGCACACUCCUCCUUAUGAUGUUGUACCUUCCAUGCGGCCAGUGGUCCUAGUGGGCCCCUCUCUGAAGGGUUAUGAGGUCACAGAUAUGAUGCAAAAAGCAUUGUUUGAUUUUUUAAAACACAGAUUUGAAGGGCGGAUAUCUAUCACAAGGGUCACUGCUGACAUUUCCCUUGCCAAACGCUCAGUAUUAAACAAUCCCAGUAAGCAUGCAAUAAUAGAAAGAUCCAACACAAGAUCAAGCUUAGCGGAAGUUCAGAGUGAAAUCGAAAGGAUCUUUGAACUUGCAAGAACAUUGCAACUGGUAGUUCUUGAUGCGGAUACUAUUAAUCAUCCAGCUCAACUCAGUAAAACAUCUUUGGCCCCUAUCAUAGUGUAUGUAAAGAUUUCGUCUCCUAAGGUUUUACAAAGGUUAAUAAAAUCUCGAGGGAAAUCCCAAGCUAAACACCUCAAUGUCCAGAUGGUAGCAGCAGAUAAACUGGCUCAGUGCCCUCCAGAGUUGUUUGAUGUGAUCCUGGAUGAGAACCAGCUUGAAGAUGCUUGUGAGCACCUUGCUGACUAUCUGGAGGCCUACUGGAAGGCCACUCAUCCUCCCAGCAGCAACCUCCCCAACCCUCUCCUUAGCCGUACCUUAGCCACUUCAACUCUGAGCCCCACCCUAGCCUCUAACUCACAGGGUUCUCAAGGUGAUCAGAGGACUGAUCGCUCAGCUCCUGCCCGUUCUGCUUCCCAAGCUGAAGAAGAACCUUGUUUGGAACCAGUCAAGAAAUCCCAGCAUCGCUCCUCCUCCUCUGCCACACACCAUAACCAUCGCAGUGGUACGAGUCGAGGGCUCUCCAGGCAAGAGACUUUUGACUCUGAAACCCAGGAGAGUCGAGACUCUGCCUAUGUGGAGCCAAAGGAAGAUUAUUCCCAUGAACAUGUGGACCACUAUGCCCCACAUCGUGACCAUAACCACAGAGAUGAGACCCAUGGGAGCAGUGACCACAGACACAGGGAGUCUCGGCACCGUUCGAGGGACACAGACCGAGAGCAGGACCACAAUGAGUGCAACAAACAACGAAGCCGUCAUAAAUCCAAGGAUCGCUACUGUGACAAGGAUGGAGAAGUAAUAUCCAAAAAGCGGAAUGAUGUCGGGGAGUGGAAUAGGGAUGUUUACAUCCGCCAAUGACUUUUGCCCUUUGUCUCCCCCUCCCUCAAGUCCCCUCAAACAAUCUUUGGGGUCUACAUUGCAAUCACAUGUGAUCUGUCUUGUAUAUUUUGUAUUGCUGUUGCUUAAAUAGCAAUAGCAUGAAAUAGAGUAUUAAUAUCCAUUAUUUUCUUUUGGAAGUGCUAUAUAAACUGGCCUGGUACAGCAGUUCUCUGGUUAUAUACUAGACUCUUCAAAACCUGUUUGAGGUAGCUGCCACAUGAACAAAAUCUUUUGCCGUCCAGACAACGUUGGUGUUUUAAGAAAUGUAGUUGAUGUACAUCCAGCAAGCCAGAUUCAGCACAGAUUAAAAAGUGGAAUUUCUUGGUUCUCCAGAUUUUUAAUACCCAGAUACCUGAUGGGCAUAUUCAUUCAUUCAUGGACCACUGUUUCUUGCUUGUACCUCUGGCUGACUAAAUUUGGGGACAGAUUCAGUCUUGCCUUAUACAAAGGGGAUCAUAAAGUUAGAUUCUAUUUUCUAUGUACUAGUACUGUGUACUGUAUAGACAGUUUGUAAAUGUUAUUUCUGCAAACACCUUAUUAUAUAUAAUAUAUACAUAUCAGUUUGAUCACACUAUUUUAGAGUCUUAAUGCCAAGUCAGCAGAUUUGCUUUAUGAAUUACAGGGAUCAGAAAUGCCCACAUUCAGGAAAUUUGUAAUAAUGUUGUCUAGACACCUCUCCCCAUUCUAAAAAAAAGUCUGUAUAUAAUGUAAAUAUGUGUGAUUGCUUGACUUAAAAAGGUUUGAUUUCUGAAUGUUCUACCAUCCUUGUAAGUUUAUAAUUUUAAUCAUAAAUUAUGGUAAAUAUAACCAAACUCCAGAGAUUGUUCUACUCCAUACAGUUCACCCAGAUUGUGACAAACACAUACUUAGGAGCUAGUCACGGCACUGGAGUAUAUGAGCCGGAACCCGCUGUGUGCAUGUGUCUGUACGUAAGAAUGUGCACGAGUGAUUGAGAUGUUUGAGAUGCUGAAAACUAACGAAGAAACUAAAGUCUGCUAUCUAGAAUUCUCACCUGGCUUUGUACUUAAUCGUGCUAUAUGUUGCUUUAAUAAUCCAUUGAGAAGUCAGGGAAGGUGAGGAAGCUUGCUGCCAAAGGUAACUAGAAAAGCAUUCAUCUGCUGGCUCCUUAUUUUUGCUCCUAGAGAGUAAAAAUACAGGCAACUUUUACUGUGAGUGUUUCACUGGAAAUAUACAAUCUUUGUGUGUUAGAGUAUUUGUUUUAGUAAGAAACGUUUACACAGCUUGUGGAAGUAUUUCAUAGGAAAAUAAAUUUUUAUAACUUCUCCCACUUCAUUUUCUAACCUUGCCUUUUAAUCUUGUUGUUUAUCUCCUAGUUACCUACCGUUCCUCCCACCACCAACUUGAAUAGUUUUACUGUCUGUCAGAACCCAGAAGUGCUUCUUACAACCAAAGUUUCUGCUCUUCAGAAGUUAUCAGGGCAAAAUGGGGUGACUUGAAGUGAAUGAAAUGUUAAUAUUUUCAUACAUCUACUCUGAAGGGGAAUCUAGAAGACACUAUCUCCAUGCCUCAAUUAUACUGCUGUAGGAGCUUCCAAUGCUAUUUUGCUAAUGCUAAAACAUUCUGUCUCUCAAGUGUUAAGACAGUAUUAGGUGUGCAAAUACCUAGCACUUGAAGCUUGUCCCAGGAAAAUGCCUAUCUAUAAUUGCCUAACUUCAGAUCUGUACAUUAAUUUAUUUAACAAUAAUAAUUAUAGUAAUUUAUUUUGCUUUCUUAAUUAUUCCAAGUUCUUGCCAAAUAUUCUUGGGCAUUAUUUCCCCUACACCCAAGAAUACUGGAGUUUUACCAGCUAAGUGAAAAAUUUCAGAAUUAGUCUUCUGUACUGCUUAUAAAAACUUACAGAAUAUAGUCAUUAGUUUUGACAUAACUUUACAUGAUUAAAAAAUAUAUUCCAAUUUAAAUUUCUUUUAAAACACACACUAAGAUAUUAAUUACCAAUCUAUUCCUUUCUUACGUUAGUUCAUCCCAAUUAACAACUUUGGAAUUCUUAAAUUCUUGAAGUGUAACUGGCAUUUACCUUUCCUGCUGCUAUCAAUAGUGCUAAUAGAUUUCAUCUUUUUAAUUUUGUCCCUGAUUCUUAGUUUCUCACUUGACUGUGGAACACAUUAGUAUAAAUUAGAAUUUUCCUUAAAUAAAUAUAUUGAAGACUCUGAUACAGCAUUUAUGUGAAAACUGUAUAGUGGGCAUAUGCAUAAAUGUGUGUAGUACAUCUAUAAAUGAAGAAUAAUCACAAGGACAAUGGGAUAUUUACUGACUUGUGGAAUGUAAAAUUAGUCUUCACACAGCAGAGGCUUAAUCUUAACCUAUACAUUUAUACAAUCAUGAUUUUUGUAGUCAACCUAGAAAAUGCUGGAAAUGUUCUUUACUGGUCUUUGUCAUAUCCAUUUCAAUUUUUUCCUAUGCUUUUCUCUACUGCUUAUUUAAGUUACUGUUACAAAAAGGUGCUGCUAAAUGUAGGAUGUCUUAGUCAUACUGUACUUUGGGACAAUGCCACAUUUUAACAUGGUCUGCUAUGCAUUCCUGUUAAACAAACAUGCACUGUCAGCUACACUGAACUGUUCAACAAACCUGGUUUAAAGUCGUUCAUAUAAAACAAAUAAAGAGCUGGCUUCUGCACUGUUAA